AAGCAUGAUUUUUAUAACUAUGUUGUUUUCAUAAACUAAUAUUCACUAAAACAUUAGUGUUUACUACACAAGGUAAAAAUAAAAAGAGCUUACAGUAGGUUAGUAGAAGCAGACUGCAUACAGCAGAUACAAAUAUUUUAAGCACAGUUCUUUAGUACAACACACUACAUUUCACCCUAGAGAAAGAAUGUUGGCAAAGAUCUCUACCACAUGGAAAUUGCUUUUAAAGCUGCUGGGCCCUGAAAUUUUGUUCAGCAGUUUGAAAUCAAUCCACAGCCUUCCUCAUUCACCCUCCCAUUUGGGGCUAAUGCACAAGCAUGAACAUCUAUUGAGGAAAACCACAAAAAAAACUUCAACUAAAAUGAAGACUCUGCACUCUACACUUCUUCUGUUACUGUCUGUGUCUCUGACAAAGCCAGCAGCACCAGCUCAGCAGGACUUACGCAGUGUGUAUGAUUAUGGAACAGAUAAUUCUGAAGAAACCAUAUUUGGCCAAGAUUAUAAAGAUAAAUACCUCGAUGGAAAAGAUAUCAAGGGAAAAGAAACUAUGGUAAUGCCUGAUAAGAAAAGUCUUCAAUUACAAAAAGAUGAAAGUGUAACACCCUCAACCCCCAAGAAAGAAAAUGAUGAAAUGCCCACAUGCCUGCUGUGUGUUUGUUUAAGUCGCUCGGUGUACUGUGAAGAAAUUGACAUUGAGGCUGUACCACCUUUGCCAAAGGAAUCAGACUACCUUUAUGCACGAUUCAACAAAAUUAAAAAGUUGACUACCAAAGAUUUUGCAGACAUACCUAACUUAAGAAGACUUGAUUUUACGGGAAAUUUGAUUCAAGAAAUAGAAGACGGUACUUUUUCAAAACUUUCUUUAUUAGAAGAACUUACACUCGCUGAAAAUCAACUAUUGAAACUCCCAGUUCUUCCUCCGAAGCUUACUUUAUUUAAUGCAAAAUACAACAAAAUCAAGAGUAGAGGAAUCAAAGCAAACACAUUCAAAAAAUUGAAUAAACUUUCAUUCCUCUACUUGGACCACAAUGCCCUGGAAUCUGUGCCUCCUAAUUUACCAGAAAGUCUACGUGUAAUUCAUCUUCAGUUUAACAACAUAACCUCAAUUACAGAUGACACAUUCUGCAAGGCUAAUGACACACAUUAUAUUCGGGACCGCAUUGAAGAGAUACGCCUGGAGGGCAAUCCAAUCAUUCUGGGAAAGCAUCCAAACAGUUUUAUCUGUUUAAAAAGAUUACCUGUAGGAUCAUACGUUUAACCACUGUUAAUCCAGCAUAUAAGCUAACACACAAAACAUAUACCUAUAAAUCUGUCUCAAUAAUGCUUAAAGGAACAUAAAUAUUGGCUUAAUAUUAACUUUGUAUCCCACUAUGAUGCAAUUUUGUUUUAAGCAAGGAUGAUCAAAUAUCUUAUAUAUAACAACAAAAAAUAAGGUUGAAUCUAGAAAGUUUAAAACAAAUUAAUGUGAAAAUGUUUAAACAGCAUUACAAAGUUCUUGUAGUUUAUAGUAGAGUGCUUGCUAUUCAAAAGCUACAUGUAUACGUUAAUACUCAAAUGUGAGGUGCAUUAUUUCAUUAUCAGUGAAGUGAGAGGAUAAUUCCAAAAAACUUCCAGUUGUCUUUCUUUCCUAGGCUUUAUUGUAUCCCUAAAGAAUUUAAGGUAGAUAUUCUAAAAACUUGGAAAAGCUAGAUAUUUCCAGAGAUCUCACAUUUUUCUUUUUGAUUCAUAUAUUAUUCAUUAUGAAGUAGAAACUUCGCUUUCUUCCUUUCAAAGCAGUUAAAUUUUUAAUUACUCUGAUAAAAAAAAUAUAGUCUCAUACCUAAGCAAAACUUUCCAAAUAAGGAAUAAUUUUACUCUGAUAAAGAACCAUUAUAGUAACAUUCAAAGUUAUUCUCUUUGUAGUCAUACAGUUAAAAUCCUUAGUAAAAUAAUACAUUUUCUUUUAUCUCAAUGUUAACAUUACAAGUCCGCCAUAAAACAUUUUAAGAAGUCAAUUAUACCAGAACCAGUUGGCUUAUAAAAAAAAAACAACUGAAAAUCCAUCCUAUUUCUCAGAGAAAAUCCAUAAGGUUCUCCAUUGUAAAGGUUUUCAAAUAUACACACUGCAAAAUAUUCUAUCUUUACACUAUAGGAAUGAGACUCUCCCCCAAACUUUUCUGAAUCUCAGAAAUGAAAACAAAGUGCAUUUGGUAGUGUUACUGCAUACAACACCCCUAUACAUAUCAAUAUUGAUUUAAAUAGUCUAUUCAACUUAAAGCCUCUGAUCAACAUUUUCUAAAGACCCAUGAUGAACUAAUAUGUUUAAAAAGGAGAAUUUCCUUCAAUAUAAUAAUGAUGACACAAUGCUGCCAAGAUUAAAGUUUCUAAAAUAAUCUUUCUCUUGCCCAUAUCCCACUCAAAAUUCUUAGUCUCCACAUUGCUUCACAGUUAAAUAUAAAAUUCUCAGUACUUUAGAAAUAUGAAUCUUAACUCUGUAUAUAUAAAAUUACCUCCACAAUUGCAAAUAUAAAUUAUAAAUUGGAAUCAAGUUAGUCUGUGUGUACCAUUCAUUCCUAGAACACAUACUUAUUCCUAUUUUUAAGCAUUUGCUUCUGUUUUUUUAACCUACCUAGAAUGUCUUCCUAUCUGUUUUUAAGUCACCCUCCCCAACCCACCACCACCCACUCUGUCAAGGUCAAUUCAAGAUGUAACUUUUUCAUUAAACCCUCUAUAAUAUCCUAGGAUCACAAUUAUUACCCCCAAAACAGUAAUUUGUUCACUUAUUUUACCUUGGCAACUGAUAAUACUAACUGUUUUACUGCUUUCUCAUUAUUUUGAAUGCCUGCCUUAUUUGAAAGCUCAUUGAGAACACUGAACAGGUCUAAUAUUCUCUUUACAUUUUCAAAGUGCUAGCAUAACAGUGAGCAUAUUUGAAUUGAACAUACAAAAAAUAUUGUGAAAUAAAAUGCAUCUAAAUAGAA